AGCCGUUUCUGUUGACACCGGAAGUGCCUGGACGAACUGCCGCUGCCACAUCUGAUCUUGCCCUGACUGUCGGGUCGGGAUGGCGGCGACGGGCGAGGGGAAGAAGGAGGAGGACUACAAGAAACUGCACAGCUUCCCUCUCAUCCGGCACACGGACAUGCCAGAAGAAAUGAGGGUGGAGACCAUGGAGCUUUGUGUCACAGCCUGUGAAAAGUUCGCCACCAACAAUGAGAGUGCAGCGAAGAUGAUCAAGGAGUCUUUGGACAAGAAGUUCGGCAGCUCGUGGCACGUGGUGAUCGGGGAAGGCUUCGGCUUCGAGGUCACCCACGAGGUGAAGAGCCUGCUCUACAUGUUCUUCGGAGGGAGCCUGGCCGUGUGCGUGUGGAAGUGCUCGUAGCACCCCCCCCCCCCCCCCCUUCCCUGUGCCGUGGCUUACUGGGCUAGGAAUAAACACCAGCUACCAACCAGAUGCUGGUUAACAUUUGUGUUGUGGCAGGGCAGUUUGUCCACACUACCAGCCACUCUGGCAGAUAAUAAACCACCACUUCAAGAUCUCGCCCAGGUUGUUGGCAGGGACAAUACUUGAUACUUGAAAGGGAAUGUCUGAGAGCAGCCGUCACUUUGGCAUUAACACAGCUUCCUGCCUUGUCUGUCACUUUUUUUUUCUUUUCCUUUCCGUGGUUCUAAACAUUUGUGUGUGCGUGUGCAAGUUCAACUUUUACAAACAAUACAGCCAGGGUCUCCAAAGUCCUUUACCCUCAUUCCUCUUCAGGGAGCGUGUGUGUGUGUGUGCGUUUAUAUGUUGGUGUGUGCUGGACACACACAGUUUUUUGAAGUAACACUUCAUGUUCACCUCCCUCAGCAGUUUUGAGCAACAGUAAACUGUCCGUUUGCACUCGUCUCUCUCUCUCUCUCUCUCUCUUGCUCUCUCUCUCUCAAGCCGUGCAAGUCUUUUAAUAAAAUUCUUAAUAUUUUUUAUGUGUACAUAGUUUGAUGCGACUUGACAAACUUCUUUUUAAAGACCAGAGGCAUCUUCUUACAACUGAACGGCUCCGAGCCGAACCACACCAGACCCGGUCCACCUUUUCUCCCUGUAAAGCUGUUUGUAAUAAUCCAGAACAAUAUCACCGCGCCGAGUGAUACGAGCAAUGUGAUUGUUUUCAUGGUGAUGCCAGUGUGAUAAUGAUCCAGCACAACGGACCAUUAUGUGUGAACUGACCUGAUUGUACAAUAAAAGUCUGAAAUGUGAUGAAAUAGGAA